AUGACAUCGAGGUCCAGUUUGACCAGGGGGUUUGGAGCAGAGAAGCAAUGAAGGUGGUGGCGUUGGUGAGUGGCGGCAAGGACAGCUGCUUCGCGAUGAUGCGAUGCGUAGAUUACGGGCAUGAGGUCGUUGCCCUUGCUAAUCUUUUGCCACUUGAUGAUUCCGUGGACGAGCUCGAUAGCUACAUGUAUCAAACUGUUGGACAUCAAAUAUUGGUUAGUUAUGCAGAAUGUAUGGGGUUGCCAUUGUUUCGUAGAAGGAUACAUGGAUCUAUGAGGCAUCAGCAUCUUAAUUACAAAACUACUUCUGGAGAUGAAGUUGAAGAUUUGUUUAUUCUACUAAGUGAAAUUAAAAAGAAGAUUCCCUCUAUCACAGCAGUUUCUUCGGGUGCAAUUGCAUCUGAUUACCAGAGACUGCGGGUGGAGAGUGUCUGUUGCCGGUUAGGUCUUGUCUCUUUGGCUUAUUUAUGGAAACAAGAUCAAACUUUACUCCUUGAGGAAAUGAUUAGAAGGGACAUUAUAGCCAUCACUGUCAAGGUUGCAGCUAUGGGGCUUGACCCUGCAAAGCAUUUGGGAAAAGAACUUGCAAAACUAGCACCCCAUCUACUCCAGGUGAAAGAGUUAUAUGGUAUAAAUGUAUGUGGUGAAGGAGGAGAAUACGAAACAUUAACACUUGAUUGCCCUCUAUUCUCAAAUGCGAGGAUUUUUCUUGACAAGUUUGAGGUGAUUCUGCAUUCACCAGAUCACAUUGCACCAGUUGGCAUUCUUCAUCCUUUGACUUUCCAUCUCCAACAUAAAGAUGAGCUUUCAAGUUCCAAUACUAGUAUUGCUAGUUUGACCAAAGCGGGUUAUGUAUGUGAAGUACAAGGAGAAUCUAAAUCAGAUGAUACAGUUGAAUCUCUAUCCACCUCUUUGCAAUAUGAUAUUCCUGCAAAUAAGAAUCUAAGAUUAAGCAUUUCUAGAAGCAACAAGGACAUGUUUUCCAUCAGUUGCUGGGUUCAGAAUCAUUCCAACACUUCAGAAGGCCUACAGGAAGAUCUUACUGCUGUUCUCUUCAAAAUCGAGUCGAGACUCAAGGAUGAUGGUUUUGAUUGGCUGAAUGUCUUAUACAUUCACCUCUAUAUUUCAGAUAUGAAGAACUUUGCAUUGGCUAAUGAUGUGUACGUAAAGUUUAUUACAGAGAAGAAGUGCUUCUUGGGAGUGCCAUCUCGGAGUACAAUCGAAUUGCCUUUGCUGCAAGUUGGCUUAGGGAAAGCGUUUGUCGAAGUUUUACUGGCCAGUGAUCAUGACAAAAAAGUUCUACAUGUACAGAGUAUCUCGUGCUGGGCACCUAGCUGUAUCGGUCCAUACAGCCAGGCAACUCUGCAUAGAGAAGUUCUCUAUAUGGCAGGGCAACUGGGACUGGAUCCACCCACGAUGGGACUUUGUUCAGGCGGGCCAGCUAUCGAAACUGAGCAAGCACUAAUGAACAGUGAGGCUGUGGCCAAUUCCUUCAAUGCCUCCCUCACUUCGUCAUCUAUCUUUUUGGUGGUCUAUUGUGCUGCCUCUCUCACUUUCCGUGAGAGAACUCUAAUUCAGCACAAAAUGGAAUCUUUCUUGGAGAAUCAUAACUCGCAACAUUCUAAAAGGAUGCACAAUCCAGUUUUCUUGUACAUUCUUGCUCCGGCUCUUCCCAAAGGAGCUGUUGUGGAGGUAAAGCCCAUUCUACACGUUCUCACAAAUAUAGAUGAUGAAGCUGAAAACAGUUCACUACAACCAACUGGAAAAACUGCAACAUGUGAUUUUCAUUUUGUCGAAUGUUGCAGUUCUUGUUAUCAGAUUUACUCAGUUAGCGGAAAGAUCUGUACAGCCUUGGUUUCUGUCACAAAAGAGUUGGCAGCCAAGAUCUGCUUCACAGAUAAAUCAGAACUUAGCCCUCUCAGUCAGAUGAGAAUAAUCAUUAAAUUUUGUAUUUUUUCGAUCAAUAAGAUCCUUGUCGACCACUGUUUCUUCUGGGACAACUUGAUGUAUUUGAAGUUCUACUACACUACAAGUAAUUCGCUGACAGCAGAAACUUUGAAUCUCGUAUUUUCAGAGGUUUUUGCUGAAUUUGCAGAGGCAAACAAAAGCCUCAAGAUGGACCAUCAUCAGACUUUCAGUCUUAUUCCAGUUUUGAGCUCAGGACGAUCAGCAUCUAUGGAAGACAUUAUUAGUUGUGAGCUAUUUGCUUCAAAACUAUGAGAUACUGAAAAUGGCCAGACGGUCGGUUAAGCAACUGCUUUCGAAUGUAUUAUUGGAUAACUCGAAAUGUAUUUAUUUUAUUUAAUUUUUUCAACGAUUGAAAAUGAUCAAACUUGCACAAAAGUAUCAAGGUCGAAUUGGAAGUAUAAGCUUCUAAGGAUUUCCGAUCA